GCCCGGGAAACAAGUUACCUCGGGGAUUCUGCCCUGGGUUGGUCAGUCCCGUGAGACGCAAGCCGGGGCGGUGUGCAGCAUUUCUCUCUUGACGGGGCAGCAAGUAAAAGGGUUAGCUAUGGCAUCUUUAAUCAGAAAGGUGAUCAGCACUGCGAAAGCUCCAGGGGCCAUCGGUCCGUACAGUCAGGCUGUGUUAGUCGACAGGACCAUUUACAUUUCAGGACAGAUAGGCAUGGACCCUGCAAGUGGACAGCUCGUGCCAGGAGGGGUGGCAGAGGAAGCCAAACAAGCUCUUACAAACAUGGGUGAAAUUCUGAAAGCUGCAGGCUGUGACUUCACUAACGUGGUAAAAACAACUGUUUUGCUGGCUGACAUAAAUGACUUCAACACUGUCAAUGAAGUCUACAAACAGUAUUUUAAGAGCAGUUUUCCUGCAAGAGCUGCUUACCAGGUUGCUGCUUUGCCCAAAGGAAGCCGUGUGGAGAUUGAAGCAGUGGCUGUCCAAGGACCUCUCACAACGGCGUCGCUAUAAGCAGGGCCGGCAUUAUUCAGUCUGGAAUCUCAGUAAUGUUUUUAAAUUAACAUCUUAAUUUUAACAGUUGACGUUGGAAAGUGUAUGAUUGACUAAAACAUUGGAAAUCACUAUGGAAAUACCAUAUAAUAAGGGGAAUUGAGUGUGAACUGAAGAUCGGAUGACAACUCCCAUUACUGGUGUUAUAAAUCACACGCAUACUCGUGACUGGAUGUGGGAAAAAAAACGUGCAUUUCGUACUUCCUCAAAUAAAUGAAAGUAAAGGGAAAUAACAUGUAGGAGAGAGAGGUUGCUAUUCCUGAUAAAUAAUAAAAGCACACCUAAUUCAAUUAAAGCCUAUUAAUUUAAUGAUGUGAAAUAUUGAAUUCUCACGUCAGCUGUAUAACUCUGCUUUCACUUGAGUAAAAUUAAAGUACUGAAGUUUGAAUGAUAGAGGUGAAGGGGAAGAGAUUGGACCACAAUUUUCAUAGAUAAUAUUUUUCUAAUGGAAAUAAACAGACAUGCAGAUUUUC